AUGAAUGAUUUGAUCGAUUCUGGCCAAGCAUCUGGUACCCAGCAGACAGCUCCGGCGGUCACAGCUUCCACAGGAUUAUUCGGUUUUGGUUCAGCAUCGGCAGCAUCCACCGCUCAGCAACAAUCGUUAACAACAACAACAACCACGAGUGCACCAGCACCUGUUCAACAGCAGUCAGGAUUCUCAUUCGGUACCGGCGCAGGUAUAUUUAUUUAA